AACACAUCUGCAAGGCCUAAUCAGGAAACAGGAACAUGAGGAAGGUGCAUGACCAAGGAUGUUAACAGAUCAUUUCAUUAGCUCUGCAAGAUGAACAGUAUUGUGCCUUGUUACAGGUGUUCUGGGCUGACACAAAGCCAUUGUGCUGCUGAGCCCUUCAUGUGGAGCAGGUGAGUUCUCCAAAUGACAGCAGCCAUUGGGACACAGUGCUGGGUUCCAACAGAUGCUUCUGCAGCACUGUCCUGUCCAGCAGGUCACUUUACCUGAAUUUAGUGUUGCACUCAAAAGCUGUUGGGAGCUGAAAGGAGGCACACCUUGGAUGUAAGGUCAGGAAUUUAUUGUUAGUGUAACGAAUUUUAACAGUCUAAUAUAUGAAUUAUUAUUAGUUUAGAUCUAUAUAAUUGUAAGAGAGAAGAGACAAGAAGAGAGAACAGAAAAGAAUACUACUGUGCUACUAAUGGAAGAACAGAAUAAGGUCAAGUUAUUCGAUGCACACUUCCUGCUAUCUACCCCUUAUUUUGACAUUUAUUCACACCUGCUCUGAUCAUCCAUCUAAUGGUCAGUGGCUACAGUGAGGAUAGUGAGGAAAUACUGCCAGCUGUCAGCAUCCCAGCUCCUUUGUAGGGUGAGCAUGAUGUUCAUGUUGUUUCUUCAUCCUUAUUUUUGCUACUUUAGGGGCAUUUUUAUGUGUGCUACAAAAGUACAUCUUGUUUUUCAUCACUGGUCUUUAAAUCCUAAAAAUAAGCCUGAAUUUCCUCGUCAUUAGAAAAAUUGCUUUCACAGCUAAACAAACGAGGGCCAGCUCAAGGCAGGUUAAGGCAAGUUCUGACAAAGCAGCCGUGACAAGCCUCAGUCCUGAGGCCUUACCAAGUCAGCAUAAAGCCUGUGGCCUGUUACUAGCAGUGACAAUUAGCUUCUGUUUGCUGGGUUAUGAGGCUACAUUAGCUCUAGGGGUGUUUUCUUCUCACUGAAACCAUUGCAGAUAAAUAUUCUACCACAUGCAGCGGUCACCUAAACUGAAGAUUCAGCCUAAUUGUGGACUUUGAUCCCCCAUUGUGAUCCAGCAUUGCACAGGAAGGCAUAAGCAAUGUAAGGACCUGGUUGAUGUGGCCAUUUAAAGGCCAUUUCAAAUGGUAGCAAGGCACAGGAGUUUGGGGUAGUCGUACAACAGUACCCAGCAGUUGUUUGCAUUGUAGGCUGACAAACCACAGGCCUGGGGAGAAGUGAGACAAAGACUACAGAUUUUCUUAAAACUGCAAUUUUAUUUUGCUUUUUUCAACUUCUAGCCUUAUCUGCAGAAACAGUUUGAUAUGGCAAAGUGGUGCUUUAUGGUUGAUGCCCUCUACCUUUACAAUGGAUGUAAGGCUGAUGAAAAUAUAUCUUCAGAACCAAGGAUUAAAAAACUGGAACCAGUACUUUUGCCAGGUGAAAUUGUGGUGAACGAAGUAAAUUUUGUAAGAAAGUGCAUUGCAACAGACACAAGCCAGUAUGACCUGUGGGGCAAGUUGGUUUGCACUAACUUCAAGAUUUCCUUUAUUACGGAUGACCCGAUGCCACUGCAGAAAUUCCAUUAUAAAAACCUCCUCCUUGGUGAACAUGAUGUCCCACUCACAUGCAUUGAGCAGAUUGUCACAGUGAAUGACACCAAGAGGAAGCAGAAGGUCCUUGGUCCCAACCAAAAACUUAAGUUUAAUCCAACUGAAUUAAUAAUUUAUUGCAAAGACUUCCGUAUUGUCAGAUUUCGUUUUGAUGAAGCAGGUCCCGAAAGUGCAAAAAAGGUGUGCCUUGCAAUAGCUCAUUAUUCUCAGCCAACGGAUCUUCAGCUUCUCUUUGCAUUUGAGUAUGUUGGGGAAAUAUAUCAUAAUCCAGCAAAGAAGGUGAAUGGCAUAGACCCAGGAGGUGGUGGUGGUGGCAUCGGCAGUGCCAGUGGUCAGCAGACUCCUCUGUUUGAAACUUACUCAGAUUGGGAUAGAGAAAUCAAGAGGACAGGUGCAUCCGAGUGGAGAGUGUGCUCAGUCAAUGAAGGUUAUAUGAUCUCCACUUGCCUUCCAGAAUAUUUUGUGGUUCCAUCUUCCUUAGCAGAUCAGGACCUGAAGCUGUACUCCUACUCCUUCAUUGGGAGGCGAAUGCCAUUAUGGUCCUGGAAUCACCCCAACGGGAGUGCCCUUGUGAGAAUGGCCAACAUUAAAGAUGUAUUGCAGCAGCGAAGAAUCGAUCAAAGGAUUUGUAAUGCCAUAACUCGAAGCCAUCCCCUGAGAAGUGACGUUUACAAAUCUGACCUGGACAAGUGUCUCCCCAACAUCCAGGAAAUCCAGGCUGCACACAUCAAACUCAAACAGCUCUGUGUCAAUGAGCCUUUCGAUGAAACUGAAGAGAAGUGGCUGUCCUCACUGGAAAACACUCGCUGGUUAGAGUACAUUAGAGCCUUUCUUAAGCAUUCUGCUGAGCUUGUCUAUAUGAUGGAGUGUAAGCACGUUUCUGUAGUUCUACAAGAGGAAGAGGGACGGGACCUGAGCUGUCUUGCUGCUUCUCUCAUUCAAGUCAUGCUGGAUCCCUAUUUUCGAACAAUUGUUGGAUUUCAAAGCUUAAUACAGAAGGAAUGGGUCAUGGCAGGAUAUCAAUUUUUAGAUAGGUGUAACCACUUAAAGAGAUCUGACAAAGAGUCUCCUUUGUUCUUGAUGUUCCUUGACUGUGUUUGGCAGCUGCUGGAACAAUACCCAGCAGCCUUUGAGUUCUCUGAGGUGUACCUGACCAUCCUGUACGACAGCGCCCGCAUCUCCUUGUUCGGCACCUUCCUCUUCAACUGCCCUCACCAGCGAGUCAAGGAAAGCACUGAAUUUGCUAUAAGCAAAAAUAUUCAGCUGGGUGAUGAGAAAGGCCUCAGGUUUCCAUGUGUUUGGGACUGGUCUCUUCAGUUCACGAGCCGGGACCGGCUGCUGUUCCACAACCCGCUGUACGUCGGGAAGAGCGCGCCCAGCGUGCACAACGGGGCCCUCCGGACCUUCAAGCGCUCCAAGAAAAACUACAGCUCCACACUGCGAGGUGUCCCUCCAGCACUAAAAAACGGAAUAAUCGGUGAGCAGGAGUUCCUUCCAAGAAGAAACUCUCUGAUACUAAAACUGAAGCCAAACUUUUUCCAGCCAGUGGAGGGGCAGAGCCACAAUAUGGAGCAGUACUUCAGAGACUGGUUUGCAAAGCCCAUUGAUUUGCACGGAGUCAUUCUGCCCAAUCUCUCUGGAACACAAAUAAAACUGUGGAAACUCUGCUACUUCCGCUGGGUUCCUGAGGUCCAGAUCAACCACGGCGGCUCCAUCACCGCUUUCCACAGAGUUUCUUUGCUGGCAGACGAGGUGGACAUGUUAAACCGCAGCCUGCGGCAGUACAAGAGCAACUCCUCUUUGCAAGGCCCCUGCUCGGAACUGGAUCAAAGCAGGAUGUACUUCAGAGCUAAUGGUUUAAAUGACACCUCUGGUGCCCCAGACUUUCUCUCCUCCUCAUUCCCAUUUUCUCCUGUAGGGAACCUAUGCAGACGGAGCAUUCUGGGAACACCUUUAAGCAAAUUUUUAAGUGGUGCCAAAAUCUGGCUAUCCACCGAGACGCUUGCAAAUGAAGACUGAGGUGAUGUGGAGGUUUAAAGGUUUAGGGAGAAUACUGCAUAUCAUUUUGUCUUUUCUAACUUAACACUGCUAAAUGCGGCAUUGAAAGCUGUAAUAAUUUUUAUAUACAAACAUUACGUAAGAUUUGCACAAAUAUUUAAAAGCAAGGCAAGUCAUGCUUCAAAUCGCACAAUUUUGUCUUCAGUAGUUCUCAUCCGCUGGGGCUUCUGCUCCCCAACUCCUCCUGUUCUUGGGGGUUUGGCUCAUUACAAGUGAUAGAGCAUUUCAUCAGCUAAUUGAAAGGCUUGGUGUGGUCAUUAAUGAGGGUUCUGCUUCAAAUACUUUUGUUUUCCCAGAUAGUGACUGAAGUGACCCUUUGAUAGAACAGCUUGGAAAGCCAAAGUAGUGCAGUGGAGAUGAACUGACAGCUGAAAUCUGGGAAUAUACUAUUUUAUCAGACUGCCUCUUCAGGAGUAAUACUUACAUGCAUAGAUACAAACAUACUAAUGUUCCAUGACUUACCACCCUACAUAUGUGCUAAUGCAGUGUAUCCAUGGGAGGGGUUGUUCCCUUUUCUUGCUCUCCCCAAAAUGUGUUCAUUAACAAUUAGUCAGAUUUGUGCUCUUUGUCGUGAGCUUGACUUUAGACUAUAGAAAUCCACAUCAGGACAAUGCACUGUUAACCUUAAAACAUUUACUGUAGAUACGGUAUUGCAGUAGCUUUAGAAGUGCCUUUCAUUGGGAGAAAACAGUAGCAGGAUUACUCUAAUGCAGCUGACACCCCCCCCCAACUUUUUAAAGCAGAUCGUUGUGGCAAGUUCUUGUUCCAUCCCCUGCUUCCCCCUCUCCAUUUCUGGAAACAACAGGCAUCCAGAAGAAACAGCAGGUAUUCCCUCUUUAAGGUUAAGCUUGUUUUUAAGUCCCACAGGAUCCUCACCUUUUUAUAAGGGCACCUUAAUUACUCAGCAUUAUAUCCCUGCACAGAUCCCGAUCCCUGCCAACCCUCUCCUCAUUUUUUUGUAGGAUGAAGUAGCUUUCAGCAGAACUCCUACUUGAGCCCUGCUGGAGGAGGUCUGGCUCCAUAUUGCCAGUUCCACGAGGGGUGCAGGUGCUGCAGUCACUGGUAGGCAGGUGCUGCAAGAAGAGCAGGGAGCGGUGCCUUCUUUCUGCAGACGUGCACAUCCAUAGGGACAGUGCAAUGCACAAGCACUGCCUGAGGGAAUUGCAUCCAGUAGCCUCUGUCUGCUUAAUGCAGCAGCCUCCUCAUUGUUCUGAAACCUUUUUAAAUGAUAGCUCUCCCUGGAUGCUGUGCCACAAAAGGACUUGAGUUUCACAGGGAGAAAGGCAGGAGCGUGAAGAAUUCCAGGAGGGUGGAGAAAUAGUGAUGUGUCAUUCUUGUAGGUUAAGGCUCCUGUCAGCUGCCUUCUCUGAACAGCAAGGCCAUAUUUUAUAUUAAAUUAUUUCUAUGUAAAACACCAACACUGUUGAACUGAUCCUGAGCCUCUAUCCAGGUGUAGCCUUACCAGUUAAGGCACCAAAGGCCUUAUAUGAUGGACUCAAAGCUGUUCUCAGUUUUCUCAGUGGGGAAAAAAGAAGGCUGCAGGAUGGGAGUACACAGGAUGGGAACACGCAGUGUAUUUGAGUUUAAAAAAAGGGAAGGGGAUAGGAUUUGGAGGUCUUUGUUUGUAAAACCAAACUGAUCUUCAGCACAGCUUAAAUCACAAAGUGGGCUUUGGCUCCCAGGCUGUUCCCUGUCCAAGGCUGUGCUGUGCUCACACUGCUGGGGUUGGAGAGGGAAGCAAGGCAGGGCUGGUGCAAAGGUGAACAAUGUCAGGGGAGUGGGCUGCUUUUUUUACCUAGCCAACCUUCCAAACCCUGUUCCUAUGCAAAGAAGCUGGUGUGUGUGUGUGUGCUGUGCACAACGUGGGCAGGCACAGGCUGUCGUGACACAAUGCCAGGUGCUUCUGGGCAACUGUUUGUGAGGAAAAAACGUGCAUCACCUCAAUUGCCUAAUUAUGCUGCAAGAUGAGCUGAGCGUGUUAAAUGGUCCACAAACCAGUUGUGUUUAUUUCCAAGCUUGCUGGAGCAGUCAUCUCACUUGUUCAUUAUCAAAGGUUUGUAUUAGUUUGCUUUUGCCAUUCCUCUUUUCCCAUUAGCUUACUGCUUUCCCUGGCCUGAUACUUGACAUAAAGACCUCAACCUGUGUGCUUAGUGUCUUUUGGUACCAAUUUAUUUUCUUUUAAAAUGACAGUUAAAACUAUAGUGUCUUUUUUUUUUCAUUACUUAAAGAUGUAACUUCUUUGGUUUAAAGGUACCAAAAAUGUGUAAAUAUAUUACUCCACAAAAGCAGCUGGUGGAAUUAAAAAAUGUUCAGGCUAGUACCCUUUGGGGGAAAAAAUGGGUACUAUAUUUAAACAGAAUUGUCUUUUAUAAGGAGAUUUCAGACAUUUUUACAUUUCAGUUCUAAAAUGUGUACAGAUGCUGCAGAGGGUCUUUGUAUUUUAUAUAUAUAGCAUGGGAGAGGGUUAAAAAUAAUAUGCCUUUAUAAUAAACAAAACCUGUCAAAAUACCUAUUUGCCAAACAGACUUAAAAAGAAAUUUUAUAACAUUCCAAAAAGGGAGUUAGGUAAGCAGAGGCUGAGAGGGGGCACCUCCUGCAGAGAAGAAGGGAAGAGAUCCACCUUUCCCUAGACUUGAAGACAAGGUUCUGCUUCCUUGUGUGGCUCAGCCUUGCUGAGGAGUCUGAGCAACUGCUGUGUCUGUGGGAGUGAACGUGUGCCUGUGGAUGCUGCUGCUUCAUCUGAGUUAAACAGCUGAAUCCUUUCUGAUACACUUUUGAAAGACAGGUACCAAGUGUAAAUUUUGAAAUAUUCUCCACUCUGCACAGUUGCCUUAUCAAGUCAGUAGGGACUGUUCUGAAUAUCUUUAAUAACUUUCAAAAGCAAUUUUGUGGUGUGAGUAUGUAUCUUUAACUUCUGUGUACAGAAUACUGACAUGCAAGUGUGUAUAUAUAUGUCUGUGUAUAUAUAUGUACACAUAUCUCCCAGAUUUUCGUUUCUGUUCACCAUUUAAAACAAGAUACUGUUAAUGCCAUUCUCAUGUUGCAAGAGUAGAAAAGCUACCAAGCAGCUCAUCCUUUUGUGUUUGUAGAAAAUGUGCAUUACUGCAGCUGUUCCUGGCGGAGUCAUGACUUUGUACCACACAUGGGGAGCUCCGUGGCUGCUCCUGUGGCUGCUGACCCCCAGUGCAGCAGCCAGGGCUCAGUGCAGGGCUGUGACUAUGGUGGCACCUCAGCCUCCAGGUGCUACCCUGUGCCACACAUGUCCUGCCUCCAGAAAUGCACUGAGAACUGAGUGUGUGUGUGUGUCUGCCCAGGCCUGCACGUGUGCUUUGUGUGCACCUGCCUGCAACCACUCUGGUCAGUUAACUGCCCUGUGUUUUAAUGAAAAUGUAGCAAGCUGGGCAAAUGUUUUGGCUUAUUCUCAGAUGGAAAUAUAUUAAAACCAAAAAAAAAAUCUAACAUAUAUUUAAGCAAAAGAUGAAAUCUUAAAUUUGCCUCUAACCAAGAGACAGAAAUCUGUACCUCAAAUUGCUCUAGGCAGUAGGUUUCUAAUGCUGUUGCUGUGAUGGUUUACAGUUCACCAUUUCAACUGAAACUAAAACCUUUGUGCCUGAUAAUGAUUUACUGAGUAAAGUAGCAGUGGCAGAAAGAUUAUAAAAUCCUAAUGCUGAGUUGUGAAUGUGAAGUAAAUUAGAGUCAAUAAAAGUUUGUACCUUUCCACAGUGAACUUCAGGUGGUUUUCUUUGACUUCCCCUAACAAAAAAAAAAAAAUUGUGUGUGGUUUUUUCCAAGAAUAGCAUGGACACUGUGCUAUAGAAAGAUGAUUAAUAAAAAUGAUGUGCAAAUUA